AUAUUUUGAAGUUCGCCGUUUUAUAGGUUAUUAUGGAUCUUUAAAGCGAAAAAUAGUGGUGUGUAGAAAUGGAAAACAAUGAAGAAUCUUCAAAGGAAAAGGUGAAUAAAAACAAAUAUAAAGUCAUUAUAAUUGGAGCAGGUAUUGCUGGUCUCUCAGCAGCAUACCAUUUAACCAAAAAUGGUAUAAAAGAUUUCAUAUUAUUGGAAGCAAGAAAUAGGAUAGGUGGUAGAAUUAUUCAAAUACGUAUGGGAAAUGAAAAAGUUGAACUCGGAGCCAACUGGAUACAUGGAGUUUUGGGCAAUCCAAUAUACGAACUUGCAAUGCAUUAUGGACUUGUUGAUAUAAUGCAAAUUCCGAAACCUCACAAGUUAGUGGCUUCAACAGAAAAGGGCAAGCAAGUGCCAUUUCAAGUUCUUCGUGAAGUUUAUGAAGCAUACCUGUGUUUUUUAAAGAGGUGUGAAGAAUAUUUUUUAUCGGAAUACCUUCCUCCCGAUGGAAUUGAUAGUGUUGGGCAGCACAUAAGAUUAGAGGUCAGUAUUUACCUUGACAAAAUUAAGGAUAAAGAUGAGAGGCAUUUGAGAGAGCUUAUAUUUGAAUGUUUACUCAAAAGAGAAACUUGUAUUUCUGGUUGUGAUGAUAUGAACGAAAUAGAUUUAUUAGAAUUAGGAACCUAUGAAGAACUGCAAGGAGGAAACAUCGUAUUACCAGAAGGUUACAGUUCAAUAUUGAAACCUUUUUCUGAUGAUAUUCCUUCAGAAAAUAUUCUUUUGAAUCACCCGGUUAAUUCAAUAAAAUGGAAUUCAAGCAGUAAUGGAAAUGAGUCCGAUGAUUCUGAUAAAACCGUAGUGGAUGACUCAGAGAAGCUGGACAAUUCUGAAAAAAAUUUGGAAUUCAUGACAAAUGUAGAAGUGACUACUAGUAAUAAUAAAAAAUUUUAUGGUGACCAUGUUAUAUGUACCAUACCUUUGGGAGUGCUUAAGCAUAAAGCAAAAACAUUAUUUCAACCACAGUUACCUGACUUUAAAUUAGAAGCUAUCGACCGUUUAUUAUUUGGUGUGGUGGAUAAAAUCUUAUUAGAAUAUGAUAGGCCAUUUUUGAAUCCGAAUAUAACAGAAGUUUUAUUAUUGUGGGAACCAGAUGAUCAAACAAAUUGUACGAAACAGGAUAUAAGUAAAACUUGGUACAAAAAAAUUUAUUCAUUUUCCAAGAUCUCAGAGACUUUGCUAUUAGGAUGGGUUUCCGGAAAAGAAGCAGAGUAUAUGGAAACUUUAUCUAAUGAUAUUAUAAUUAAUGUUUGUACAGAUAUACUAAGGAAAUUUUUGAAUGAUCCAUUCAUUCCAAAACCUAAAAAUUGUGUAUGCACAAGCUGGGCCAGUCAACAAUAUACAAGAGGUUCUUAUACUGCCAUUGCUGUAGGAGCUUCUCAAGUUGAUAUAGAAUUACUAGCACAACCACUUUAUGCUGAUGAAACUGAAACGAAGCCUCUUGUACUAUUUGCUGGCGAACACACACAUACCAAUUUCUACUCAACAGUACAUGGUGCUUAUUUGACAGGAAGAACAGCAUCCCAAGCUAUCCUUUCUUCUGACAUUCCCCGAGAACUAACUGUAGAUUGUGACGAAGAAACUACAGACUUGAGUUCCUGGAUUCAGGGAAUUUGUUUAGAAUAGCAGCUAUAUUGCUUGUUUUAUAGAAGUAUUAUCUUUAUUAAUUUUCUAGUCAACGAUAAAAAGUUUUAAGAAAUUUUAUUAUUGUAAAUAAAUGAGAUUUUUUUGAAAUUUCAUCUAUGUUGGGCUUUCAUUAAAUCUUUAAUGAGUA